GUUUCUAUACAAACUCCAUCUCAAGGUAACAUAGCCGCUGCCAACACAGAAUGAGAACUACCAGCUUCCUCCUCCUCCUCCUUGCCGGUGCUGCUAAUCUAUACCUAAUUGUCUCACCAACUAAAGCGCUUGGUGGGGAAUGGCAACCGAUCCCCAAUGUCGCUGACGCUCAUGUCCAAGGGAUCGGCAAGUGCGCGGUGGACGAGCAAAACAAGGUGACAAACUGCGGCCUCAGGUUCGCCAAGGUUGUGAGCGGCAAGGUUCAAAACACAGGCGUCACUACAUACCUGCUUGACGUUGACGCACUGCGGCUCGACGGCUCGCACAAAAUAUAUCAGGUGGAGGUGGUCGAGCAGAACUCUUCGGGCAGUUCCACAUGCAAGCUUGUCUCCUUUGGCCCAAACUGUUGAGCGAUCGAUGGCUGUUGUAGUGACGGAUCGCUGAGGUUCUUGUUGCAUGAUGUAUGAUGAUGCCAUCAUUUUCAAGCCAACAAUAAUAAAUAAUUCCGUUCCAUAUUUA